ACGUUUGUUUACGCAUAAAUUCAUUCGCGUACCGGGCGAGCAGCAAAGUGGGAGUGUUAAAAUGUUUCGAACGUGGAAAAUGAUGCGACUUUGUGCAACAACAGACAUUAGCUUACGGUUUUAUCGACAUUUCGGUGUAGUUACUAGUGUACAACAGAAAUGUUCUCCGACACUGUUCGUACCGCGUGGUUUUCGACCAACAAGCAACGAAGUGCCGGAACAAUCACAAACCAGUCCGGUGACGAACGCCGUCGAGCAUGAGUUCGUGGAGUGUGGUGCUGAAGAUGAGCUGCUAAACAAUCGCAAAAGUAUCCCAAAUUUAAAAGUGUCCGAGCUGUUGAAAGCUGUACCACGAUCAAAACUGAAACCAGAGCGUAAAUCGGCCGAUGAAAUAAGGGAAAACACCAAAACGGUGCACAAGAAAACGGAUAUCGAGAAAGACACACUCCAGAUGCUGCAGCAUCGCUACCAAGAUUCGCGCGCAUCAGAGGAACGGUACGACAAGGAGUUGAAAGUCCGCUAUACCAUACUGCAGCCGAACGAUGACCGUCACCGGGAUUUGAUGAUGCUGCUCGGGUCUCGCAAAUACCGGGAGCGGGAAAAACAGCUCGUGCUGGAAGGCAGACGUUUGAUAAUGGAUGGGUACGCUGCCGGAUUACGGUUGGAAGCGAUCGUCACGAGUGAUUUGAAGCUGCUGGCGGAACUCAAAUUUAAGCAUAAGAAGCAAAACUGGCCGAUAUUGCUUGUCAAACGGCAAACCAUGAUGGAGUGGUCAUCGUUAACAACCAGCCCGGGUCUAAUAGGCAUUUUUGCUGAACCGCCCAACCUGGCCGAGCUAGUAAGUCGUAAUGCGGCGGGCAGCAAACGACUUCCGGUGACGGUGGUUUGCGACAACAUCCGUGAACCAAAUAAUUUGGGCAGCAUAAUACGCAGUUGUGCGGCCGUAUCCGUGCAGGAAGUAAUUCUGCUAAAAGGUUGUGCCCAUCCGUGGGAUCUAAAGUGUCUCCGCGGCGGUGCUGGGGCGCACUUUCGUGUACCCAUCUACGGUCCUAUGGAAACCUACCAGCUGCCGGAUCACACGCGUGCCGGUUCAUUGUUUGUGGUUGCUGACAACAAGAAACCGACCGAUGAGCGAAAUGGAUUCCAAUGGAAACAUUACGAUCAGAUCGAUUACGCAAGUGCGGAUCAUGUGGUGCUGGUAAUUGGUGGAGAAACGUAUGGAGUUAGCGAUGAUGUUAGAAGCUUUAUACAGCAGCUAACCAAGCCGGUAGGGCAUGGAAUGCAGGACCGAAAGUUUGUGGCCCACAUUCCACUAGCGAAUGGUAUCGAAAGUCUUAACACAGCAUCAGCAUUGAGUGUUGUUCUUUACGAAAUGAGGCGUUCUUUGCUUCAAAUGGAAGACAGUGCGGGACAGGGAAGGUCUCGUUAG